AUGGGCAACGUCAGCAGCAGGCUGGACGAUGGCGCCCUGCUAUACUUAAAGGAUCAAGCGCGCUUCUCCAUCAGUUCCAUCGUCGUCAGCAAUGGCCGACGGAGAGGUUUUUUGAGUCUCGCGCCCAACGCAUAUCCAGCACUGCGUCUAGUUGGAAAACCAGAUGCCACAGACUACAGACCCAUUUCCUAUAUUCAGGACCCUGAUUCUGCCUCCCUUUCUUUUCUUCCUAGGCUGGAUCUUGAAGAUGAACUCGAAAUCCACUUCACAUUUAUAACGCGACAGAACUCCGGGCCUCUGCCUGCGACGCCCUCGACAUCCACCGCUGCCGUCGACGCAACAAUUACCGGGUUGACUUUUGCCUACGCUCAGAAUGCCAAAGAGCUGGACACCCUUGUAACACGCGAAUUUCACGCCGACCCAAAUCUGCACAAGAAUUCCAACGUCCAGUUUAUCGGCGAGUUCGGGACGCAUGGGAGUCCUGCAGUAACUUACGAAUGGACAUGGCAUUGGAAACCUCCAAAGGCUCAAGAGGACAAAGGUGGAGGUUGGCGCAAUUGCUGCAGUUUCCUCGAGUAUGAUUCCAGAGCACACAGACUCAAUACCCUCGCGUCUUUUUCGUUCUGGGUCCAGAACACGUCCUUCCCAACCGGGAUGCCACUAGCUUCUCCAGGUCUGGAAAUCCCGAUACCCCUCCACAGGCACAGGAUGCCCUCGUCGCAAUCAUAUCAGUCCACAGUCAGCGACUCAGAGGGCCCUGUAGAGCCGCAAGUGCCGGCUUCGCCGCAGAUGCGGGCCAAAGACUACAGUUUUAGUGCGCCAACCUCGGCGCCUUCACUUCCCGUCAUCGACGUCCAGUGUGCAAGGCCCGGGGAGGACGUCAGCACAGUUGAGGACGGUCCGGUUUUUAGAGCCACUAUGAAGGCGCUAGAGCAGAAGACGGGGACGAUGAAGGUCCAAAUCAAAAAGGUGCUGAAGAAAGCCGAAGCAGCGCAGCAGGCUCAAGUGGAGUGCAACCAGGCCAUGUCCGAAUUCUUGAGAGCGCUCCAGGAGGCCUCCAUGUCCAAUGCAACGGCUUUCAAACCUGCGCUCGACCAUUAUUUCCUGAAUAUCGCUCAGCAGAUCCUGAAAUAUGAGAAGGGAAACAGCACGUUAUUGCAGAAACAAAUCAUCGAUCCCAUUUCGAAGCUGUACAAUUUGGACAUCAAACAAGUGGAGGCGAAGAAGAAAGACUUCGACGACGAGAGUCGAGACUAUUACGCCUAUGUGGGCCGGUAUCUUGGUCAGAGGCAAGACUCUUUAAAGGACAAAAAACGUGCAGAGAGUGAUUCCAAAUAUCAAACAAAGAGGAAGAACUUCGAGCUCAAGCGAUUCGACUAUUCGACUUUCAUGCAAGACCUUCAUGGCGGGCGCAAGGAGCAGGAACUCCUCUCACAGCUCACGAAAUAUGCUGACGGCCAGGCGAAAGCUUUCCUUGCGACUGCGAAAAAGGUGGAAAGCCUGACCCCGCAGUUGGACGCUCUCGUAAAGGAGGUCUCGGAAGCUGACAAGGAAUACAACCUACAAAGGACAGAAAGAGAGGAAAAGAGAAGGAACCUGGAGAAGAAUGGCCCAACUUCUGUCGAUUCCGACCCGCAUCACCAUCCUCCACCCAUGACGACCCAAGUGGGAACGCAAAAUGGUCACACCGGAUAUACCUCAGACACUGAUCUUAGCAGGGCCGAUAGCACAAGCUCUCAGUUUGGCCAUGCAUCGAACAAAACACUGUCGCCAACCACCAACUCAACGGUGCCAGUGGCCGGUGUCCUGUCGACAUCGCCAAGCGCAGCCUCGAUAGCGCCGGCGCCGAGCAAAUUCAAAGGCAUUCGUGAUCUUGAUGAAAGCUCGGUAUCCACAACCGACAAAUCUUCCGUUGGCCAAUACCGGAAAGAAGGACUUUUGUGGGCAUUGAGCAAGCCUAAUUCACAUAUCGACCCCAAAGGAGCCUGGCACAAGUUCUGGAUCGUUCUUGAUCAAGGGAAGCUCUCAGAAUACAGCAACUGGAAGGACAAGUUGGACCUGCAUCGCGAGCCAAUUGAUCUUCGUAUGGCUUCAGUCCGCAUUGCUCGGGAUGCCGAGCGCCGAUUUUGCUUCGAGGUCAUCACACCCCAGUACAAGCGAGUUUACCAAGCUACGACUGAAGACGAGAUGAAUAACUGGAUCAAUGCAAUCAACAAUGCGCUCCAGAGCGCUGUGGAGGCCGGCGGGCAAGUGCUUCAGCAAGGUCGAAAAGAGCACGCCGGACGUGAAUUUGGACAUAUGCUCACCGGCAAGAGCUCUUCACAGUCUGGCCCGCAUGGUUAUUCCCAGCGAAGUGACGCGGGGGGAGUGUCACGGCGCAUUACCGUCGGUGCUAGGCCCACCUACACCAGGACCAGCAGCAAUAGCUACGAAGAAAACCCAUCAAAGCUGCUCGAUCUGAUCAGAAACAACGAUCAAGGCAACCAGUACUGUGCCGAUUGUGGCUCGUCUUCCAAGGUCGAAUGGGUAUCUCUGAAUCUUGGGAUCAUAUUGUGCAUUGAAUGUGGCGGAAUCCAUCGGUCUCUGGGUACUCAUGUCUCCAAGAUUCGAUCUCUCACCUUGGAUGUGCACUCCUUCACCAACGACAUUGUCGAACUUCUCAUGCUUAUUGGCAACCGAAUCAGCAACAUGGUCUGGGAGGCACGGCUCGAUCGCUUUCUCAAGCCCGAUCCGAGUGCCUCUCGAGACCAACGAUUGAAGUUUAUUACGGCCAAAUAUGUCGAGCGGGCUUACGUUGAGCCUGUGUCUCAUUACGGAUCUGCUGACGACACAUUACUGACGUCCAUCAAGAAACAUGAUAUUCAGGGAGUCCUUCAGGCCAUUGCUCAACGAGCAAAUGUCAAUGCCCAUGACCGUUCUAGGAAUACCCAUGCGGUAUUUCUGGCUCUCACUGCCGCCGAUCCAGCACGUCCAGUCUCGUCUCACUCGAACGCACCAUCGGGAGCCGUCAAAGCGUUUCCAAUGGCCGAGCUGUUGGUGCAGAAUGGCGCAGAGAUCCCUACCGAGCCCCCGGCUAUACCCCUAUCGUCCGCUGCGCAGCUGUACGUUGACCAGAGAACAGCGCGAGCAGCUCAUAGCCACGGCAGCCACGCGGACACCUUAGGACCCUUGCCCAUGGUGCACAGGAUUUCACCAAUGUCAUCUUCCUCGGACGGAUCCAACAAGUUGCAAAAACGCGGUAGUGCCGGCGCAAGAUUCGCAGGAAAAGUGGCCAGUUUGGGGGAACGAUAG